AAGAAAACAAUGCAAUUGUCUAUAAGUACCGUCUUGUAGAAGAUCAUUUCUCCUCAAUUUCUAACAACAAUGAACACUUACUCUAUCCUUGUCCUAGUUCUGCUCACCACCCUUUUAUCAACCCAAGCAGCCCCAACAAACUCCAAGCUCUUCAGAGUGUACAUCGGAGCUGAAGGCAAAGGUGUCAAGUUUUCGGACGUACCGGUCAAUCCAAAUCUCGAAUUUCACUUCAUUCUCUCCUUCGCCAUUGACUACACUCCAUCAUCUUCCCCAACUAAUGGUUACUUCAAUGCAUAUUGGGACACAGAGAAUCUCACCACUUCAUCCGCCUCGUCGAUCCGAGCCCGCCACUCGAACAUCAAGAUAGCCAUGAGUCUCGGAGGGGACACCAUAAAUGGUCAGAACGUAUAUUUUCAACCAAAAUCAAUCACUUCUUGGGUGACCAAUGCAAUCUACUCAAUAACAGAGAUAUCAAACAAGUAUAAUCUCGACGGAAUCGAUAUCGAUUACGAACAUUUUCGCACUGAUCCAAACACAUUUGCAGAAUGCAUUGGAAAACUCAUAUCCUACCUGAAAGACCACAAGAUUAUCUCAUUUGUAUCAAUAGCACCAUACGAUGAUACCUCUGUGCAACCAUAUUACAAAACCCUAUGGAAGAAAUAUGGUCAUCUUAUUGACUAUGUAAACUUCCAAUUCUAUGCAUAUCCUAAGAAUACUACAGUUCCUCAGUUCUUGGAAUAUUUUGAGGCACAGAGAUUGAAUUACAAAGGUGGCAAGAUCUUGACCAGCUUUGGAACAGAUGGAAGUGGAGGUUUAUCUCCUAAGCAUGGUUUUUUUAGUGCUUGUAAUAGUCUUAGAGAUCAGAAUAAGCUUCAUGGGAUCUUUAUAUGGUCUGCUGAUGAUUCAAAGGAAGCAGGAUUUCCUUUUGAAUUGCAGUCUCAGACCUUUUUGGCCAACAUAAAAUGAUCACACUAAUAUGGAAAUCGAAACCAAACACAUUUUUGGUUGUUUAAUCAAGGGAAUAGAUGACGAAAGGAUUUCUCAAUAUGUAAAACAUUUGAUCAUAUUGCAAUAGAGAAUUCAAUAAUUUGUUGAAAUCACUAGGGCUGCGCAUUCCACUUGACUUUGGAUCAAUUUAUUUGAUUCAAUUUGGUUCAAUGUAUUUGUUUAUUUUACAAAAACAUUAAUGUGCGCGUUGGACCAAAUGU